AUGUUUGCGGCCGCUGCCAUCGCAAGCGCUGGAUCAACGCCCUUCCUCCCAUCGCCCACGGAUGCGACGCCGCCUGCCGGGGUGAGCAACUUGAUGAGACGCUGUCUCUCCUUAGCCAACCUCUUCCUGGACGCCUCGAUACGCCUGGCCUCUCUCACGGUCUCCUCCUCCUCGCGGAGCUCUUCCUUCGACCGGCGAUACUGGACGGCGAGCUGGUUCUUCCGAAUGCAUUCAUACUCGUAG